AUUAUAGCAUAACGUGUGUGUGUGUGUGUGUGUGCGCGCGCGCGCACGGGGGUGGAGCUGACAAUCAUAGAAUGAGGUUGCCUAUUCCUCCGCUGACUCUCCCAUAUCCAGAGCCUGGCAGGUUGAGCAUCGACAAAGCGUUCCGUUGGAAGGCUACAUGCAGACAACUUUCCCUGACAAAUUGCUGCAGCAAACAACAACAAACCAACCAACGCAACAGUUCGCAAUGUUAUUGAAUGGAUUAGUUGUUUUUCAAAUGCGAACAUUGAGGGAAGGGAACUGUUUUCAGAUGUGAGUUUUCAUGCGCUUUUCUUGUGUGUGUGCAUCUAAGGUCGAAAGUGCACAAGUGGACAUAAGUGACUGACUUUAGGAAGUCACUCACCAUGGCCUAUCCUCAAGGCUUUCUCUUCCAGCCGUCGGUGUCUCUAGCUCUCCAUUCCUGUCCCCCGUUCAGUUCCAGUGUGAUUUUAGGAGGACCAAGGACAGAGGAACUGGGCCGGUCGUCUUCAGGCUCAGCCUUCGCUCCUUACGCGGGAUCACCGGCGUUCAAUGGUUCAUCCCCUGGCUUCAAUUCUCACCUCCAGUAUAGCGGAGAGCAGACGGCGGCACUUAACUCAUUUGUGGGCUCCGCGUACGAUCCCUCAGCGGGUAUCGCUGGCUCUUUAGAGUAUCACCCGUUCGGUGUAGCAUUGGGCUAUCCAUAUGGAGACCCUGCAUACAGGAAAAAUGCUACAAGAGAUGCGACUGCCACUCUCAAAGCGUGGCUCAAUGAACACCGUAAAAACCCCUACCCAACCAAGGGUGAGAAGAUCAUGCUGGCCAUCAUUACUAAGAUGACCCUUACCCAAGUGUCCACCUGGUUCGCCAACGCCAGACGGCGGUUGAAGAAAGAGAAUAAAAUGACGUGGACCCCGAGGAAUAGAAGUGAGGAUGAGGAAGAAGAUGACAACAUUGACCUGGAGAAGAAUGACGACGAAGAAGAGCCACUUAAGCCCACGGCAGAAAUUGGGUCGAAAAAUGAAGCAGUUGGGCAGCAUCCAAAUCCAGUGGGAAUCCCCUGUGAGAAAUACAAAGAAGACAAUAGCGGCAAUGACAUGGAACCUGUCUUAAUUGAUCCGAAUGUAAAGGACCACGGGGACAGGAGAGUGCCCGAGAUGCCACGGCCCACCACCGCAGCAUCUCCCCAAAACGCGGACCUUGGAGUGGAAAGGGAUUCAGACUCCGCAGCCUCGGAAAGUCCACCUCCACUGAGGCGUAAUGACUCAGGCAACUCCAGCAAUGCUACGUCAGUGAUUCACUCGGCCCUUCCGGCCCCGAAACCAAAACUGUGGUCGCUCGCGGAGAUUGCAACUUCUUCGGAUAAAUGUAAAGGAUGUAGUGAUGCCGCUCAGACCGUGCCCAGACAAUUACGUACAGAGAUUCCGGGCGGUAGGCCUAUGUCAUCUCCAUUACGAGACGCUUCUCAGAAUCUUUUCCCUCACAGUGCAGCCCUAUCCAGACAUGUCUAUUAUACGUCUCCCUUUUUCCAGGGUUACUCGAACUAUCAUGGCACUUUUGGACACCUGCAGAGCCCCGGAUCCAACAUGGGGUCAGCAACGCAUUUAAAUGGAUUACAUCAAACUAUGUUACACAGAGCCGAGGCUCUGGCAAGAGACAGCCAAGCCAGGAGCCAAACACAGAUAGAUAUUUGUAAAGACUUGAGAUAUGAAAUUAAGAAAGGUAUGACACAUGUCUAGUAGCCUGUGUGACAUUUGGUAAGCUAUAGGCUCCAUAUAGACAUUUUAUUUAUUGUCCAACUGGGAAAAGAAACUAUAUUUUCAGUGGGGAAAAAAACAUAUUGAGAUGCAAAUAGAACAAUGACAAUGACUAUUCCUGGGAGUCCCUAAAAAGGCAACAAACAAUUAUUUAGGAAUGUGAAUAUUCAAUUAAUUACAUUUAGAAUGUUUUAAAGGAUAAUGUGGAGGGGAAAAAAGUGGAUUCCUUUGUCAAACCACGUGGUGAAUAAUUAUUAAUUAAAGAAGACUAGUUUUAUUGUAGUCUUUUUUUAGAAGAAAAGUGUGUUACUUUGUCAUUUCUAUUGACUUUGGUCGUUCAUUACGCAAAAAAAUGACCUAUUUUUACCAGGUUAAUUUCGUGUUGCAUGGCUGCAAUAGUUGACAUGUGUGCUUUGCCAAAUAAUCACAGCCAUGUGAAGCACACAACUCCACACAGAAAGUUGCCAAUGCCGGCAAAAGUAUUGGAUUAUUGGAUAAAAACUAUUCAUCAUUGCAUUGACUGCAUUAUCGAAGCACCAUUCCAAUACGCAAUAUGUCCUGUAUUGCAAUAAGCCAUACAUUACUCUCGAAAUUCCCUCUGCAUGUAGUCUAGAUUUUAGUAGCCAUUACUUGAAGCAACUGUGGAAAAUGUAAUCCUUAUAUCAGAAAUGCUGUAGUCUGUUUUUUAAUUUAUUUUUUAACUUGAGCAGAGAGGAAAUUACAUUUGAUCAAACCACAAAAUAUUCCACGGUAACCAGGCAUAUAUCUGGGUUUUUAAAAUAUCAACACUUAAGAAGCUUACAUUUUCCGAGGCCAUCUUCGAGGUAUUAAGUGUGUAAAUUCGAAUUUAUGUUCUCCUGAAGGAGGGGAUUUCUCUUAAUCAUGGAAUUGCAAGAGCCAAACAGUAACAAAACAUGCAGAGAAAGGUGAGGAAAAACGCGCCACUGCGUACUAAACUCUGUGUAGGCCUUACUACAUUCACAAUGACUUAAAGGGCUAUGUAAUCUCUAAAGUAUGUUUUCUAUGUUAGUGAUUUUUCGUUGCUUUCUGCAUAGGCUAUAUUUUGCUCAAAAGCCACUUGGACAAACAAGUAUUUUUUUGAAGCUGAUAACUAACAGAGAAAGUGUGAAUAAAUAAACACGUUUGUCUAUGAUGUUUAAAGUAUUAUCGAGAUGUUCUAGGCCUACAGUCAACUCAAAGACACACCAUGAUCUUAUUCAAAUCUUUAAUAUAAUUUUUUUUUUUUAAAUGGACAAUUUACAUUUUCAGUAAGCUACUUAAUUUUUGUAUUUGUAUACAAAUCUCUGGUCUUGGUUUCAGUAAAAAAAAAACUCAGGCUACACAAAGGCCAUAAGAAGAAUACAUGGUAUCCUUUUAAACUUUAAACUCAAAUUGAUAGUAUAUGGAUCAUUUUAUCACAAUGGCAAAAUAUGACAAUUUCGUUUUUGAAUAGUGCAGAAUAUAUACCCAUUUAGUUUUAUAGAAUUACUUCUAAGUGCCAGAUACACAAAUGGCAGCCCAUGGGCCAAGUCCAGUCUAUCACAAUGUCUAAAAAAGGAGUUUAAAUAUGAUAAGUAACAGCAAAACAAAGGCUUAUAAAACCUCAGAUAAUCAAGCCGUAAUUGAUGGAUGAGUAUUAUUAUGCCUGGCUAGUGGCUACGAUAUGUUAAUAUUGCUAAAUUGGUCCAUAUAACGCAUUCAAAUGAUUGGCCCAUGACCACUUCCUAAAAGAAAAUGAUCUGCUUCAUAAAAUCUAAAGAGUCUAUCUAUGUAGUAACUCGAUCAUACCAAAGAUAUACCUUCAGAAUUUAUUUAAGAGCGGUCCUCUGUAUAAAUGGCCAAAGUUGCAUUAAAUAGAUAAACUAAAACGUUAACAUUUGCAGUUAAGCAAUUGUUUGAUUGACUUUAGGGCCCAUAUGUCUCGCUUUCCCAACUGUGUUGUGCAUCGAAGCUAAACACCACCCGACAUCCGACACCGUUGGGACAUGUCUCUCAACCAGUGUGAGGUCCACUCUGCAUGGGAUAACCCCUAAGACUGACAGAUGUUAGGAUCCGAUAUCACCUAGCCCCCUGCCAUGCAGUACACCUUCACCAUCUUCUCUCCCUUAUGCCUCCUCUUCUCUCCCUCUCCCUCUUCUCUCCAUCUCCUCACCUUCUCCCGCUCCUCUCCCUCUCCACUUCUCUCCAGGACCUCUAUAGAAACAUCUGUUCUCAGUGUUGAUCUUUCAGAGGUAGAACACCAGGGUGAACGGCCCAGUCUCUGAGGGCUGAGGUAAUGUUCUGCCUCAAAACAAGCUCUCUCCCCCCACAUCACAUGCAGUACUUUUCAUAUGAAAAUAAUAUAAACAAGCCAUUUGUAAGUCUUGCAUUUCAAUAGCACUUUCCCCAAAGUUUUAAAGUGCUGUAUGUGUCAUCCUCAUUUAACAUAUAGCUUCAUGUGGUGUUCAGAGCAGGGGGCUACCCUCCUGCAAAACAAACUCCAUCCCUUUUACCUCAGGACCUCGAUUAGCUGAAUCAGGUGUGUUAAGAGUAAAGUUGGAACAAAAGCCUGCAAGCCCACUUGCUUUCUAGGAGGGUAGACACAACAGACUGAGGCAGAUGUGUAGAAUAGAUUCAUGUAACCAUAACUUUGCCUGGAGUGCCCUCUUGUGUGAGUAACACUACACAGCAGCCAGAGAGACACCCAAUCAGAAACCACUGCCUGCAUUCCCUACUGAAUGUGGGCUAGGCGAAGUAACUGCAGACGAGAAGCAUUCUGUAGCAUGCAAUAUCGCUGCCCCCAAAUGUUUUUAAUUUGUUUAUGUUCUCCUAAUAAAAAAAUGUCAAACAAA